AUGGCUACCCCAUCUUCUCAUUCUUUCCCAAUGAGACUACCUCCACUGAUUUCUUCUUCUUCUUCUUUAGCAACCUCCAUGAAAUUCAAAACCCUGGUUCACAACUUCAUCUUCUCCCACCUAUGUCUGUUCACUCGUACCUACACCAAGGCUAAAUCCAUUGUCAUUAACCUCUUCAAAGAAACUCAUCUGAACAAUAUCAAAUUCUUGGAUCCCUUCAUCUUGAAAAGAAACAAAAACAAAAACAAAAACAAGGUUUAUUUUGGAUCAUUUAGGUUGCAUUACAACUGGUGUUCAUCUCAUGUAGUCCCAGUGACAUCACUCGAGAUGCAAGAUGCGUUUAACAACCAUGUUUAUUAUGAUUCCACAUGGCGCUCCUAUGUUGAUCAUGAGAUGGUGUUAGAGUCACAGCUCACAGGGUACCUCCAUUGGCUCGAAGAGAAGAACAAAGGUGAUGGUGGUUGUGAUCAGAUUAAUGAGAUCGAUCGUCUUGCUGAUAAAUUCAUAGCAAAUGGCCACGAGAAGUUUAUGUUGGAAAAGCAGGAGUCAUACAGGAGAUUUCAAGAAAUGAUGGCGAGAAGUGUGUGA